UUAUAUAAAUAUUAUUUAAAAAUAAUUAUUAAUAAAAGGGAAAUGGAAAGAAAAACCAAGUUUGAGUUUUCAAUGCGUCGUCCGUGUUACCAGAACAGAAGAACAGAUAACUGAGAUGGAAGGAAGGGAAGUUAAUGAUACAAAUGGACUCCAACAUGAAGAGGAAGAAAAAGAAGAGUGUGGGGUAAUAUUAGAAAUUCCAUUAGGCAUAGCAGCAGAGACAUUUGAUUUUAAGAAAACAGUAUGUAGCCAUGGCUUAUUCGCUAUGUCCCCAAAUCAGUGGGACCCACUCUCCUACACCUUCUCUCGUCCUCUUCGUCUCCGUCAUCAUUCUGAUUCUGAAUCUGAUUUCACUUCAGUUAUGGUUUCAAUAUCUCACCCUUCUAACCUCCCUCACUCACUCCUUGUUCGCGUGCACGGUACUCGCUCUCUCACCCCACAAAAUCGAGAAUCGCUUGUAACUCAAGUUUUGAGGAUGCUGAGAUUGUCAGAUGCUGAUGAGAUGAAUAUUAGAGAGUUUAGAAAGAUUAUUGCAAUGGGAGAGGGAGAAGAAUUUGAUUGGAUGAAAGGUUUUAGUGGAAGAGUGUUUAGGUCUCCUACUUUGUUUGAGGACAUGGUGAAGUGCAUUUUGCUCUGCAAUUGCCAGUGGUCAAGGACUCUAAGCAUGGCUAGAGCUCUUUGUGAGCUUCAACUGGAACUGCAGUUUCAUUCAUCCAGCUGCACUAAGGCUCAACAAACUGACAUGAACAAUUUCAUUCCAAAAACACCUGUUGGAAAAGAGUCCCAGAAGAGGAAGGGCAGAGUAUCUAGUGCAUCCUCAAAUUUAUCAACCAAGUUGCUGGUAACAAAAAUGGAUUGGGACGAAGUUGAUACUUGCUUGACAAUGGUUGAUACCCGAAUAAAAAGAGAAAAUUUGACCCCGAACUUCUCUAUUAAUAGCAUAGAAGACAAUUCAUGUGGCAUUUGCAAGUCAUGUGUUGGACCGUCUGGUAUUCAAUCUCUCCAGCAGACUCAGUGCAAAAGAAUUUGGAAUUUUCCAAGCCCAUGGGAACUAGCAAAUCUUGAUGAAAGAUUUCUGUCGAAGCGCUGUGGUCUUGGCUAUAGAGCAGGUCGGAUAAUAAAACUUUCUCAGGGUAUUGUUGAAGGGCGGAUUCCAAUGAGAGAACUUGAACAAGUUUGCAAUGGUGGAAGCUUAAAUAGUUAUAAUGAACUGGCUGAUCAGCUCAAAGAAAUUGAUGGGUUUGGUCCUUUCACACGGGCCAACGUGCUUAUGUGCAUGGGAUUUUAUCAUGUUAUUCCUGCUGAUUCUGAAACUGUUAGACAUAUAAAACAGGUUCAUGCCAAAAAUUCCACCAUUCAAACAGUUCAUAAGCAUAUCGAAGAGAUAUAUGGAAAAUAUACACCCCUCCAAUUCUUAGCUUACUGGACGGAAUUGUGGCACUUCUACGAGCAAAGGUUUGGGAAGUUCUAUGAAAUGCCUUGCUCUGAAUAUAAACUCAUUACUGCCAGUAAUAUGAGAAACAAGGGAAGUUGUAAAAUCAAGAGAGCUAAAAUAUCUUGAUAGAGUGACCAUGACUUAAAUUAAAUGUGAAAAUUUGAAGGCCAUACUUUGCCAACUGCAAUAAAGAAAUCGUCCCUUUUGUUAUUUGUCCGCAUUAAGUUUCUUUCUAAAAUUUGUGAACUCCAACACUGUCUUCAUUCUGUAUAUGAUGCUUUAUGUUAUCAACACAUCACUUCUGCUUUACGCAUGAAAGCGGCCGGGGUGUACACUAUACUUUCAUUCAAAUCUUAAUAAUUAACGGAAUCGGUAUCAAACAA